AUGUUGGAGGCCGUUUUCAGGAAAAUUAACCCAGUCCUACUGCUCAGGAGCAAGACUUCAGUUCAACCUGCGCGUUUGCUGUCUGCUAGUUCUGAUGUGGUAAAGUGGUCAUUUCAACUCGCUGCAUUUUCUACAGCCCACCGAAUUAGCUGACCCAUACGAGCCCCCAAAGAAGAAGUGUUUCCUCUGCAAAAACAAUGUUGAUUUAGAUUACAAGGCAGGUGUUUUCUUUAUUUGUCCUCAGUUCACUGUUUUCAGAAUGUACGACUGUUGUCUCAAUUCGUUUCCCCCUAUACCGGUCGCAUUUAUGGACGCCAUAUUACCGGUCUCUGUAUACCUAUGCAAAAACGUAUCGCCCAGUUGAUCAAGCGCUCGCGCAAAUUCGGUAAGUUGGUUGCUUUGUUUACACUACAGGCUUUAUGGCUACGGAGUUCAAAGAGAUGGUCUUCUUCGAGGAUCCAGAUUUGACUCGGAAACGGAACUAGUUUUUAUAGAAGAUAGGCACUUUGACCACUACUUUCGGGCUGUACUUUGCUACGAAUACAUUUACUGUUUUCCCAGAAACGCAGACUUUUUCAACGGGGUUCUCGGGUGCUUUAGGUAUUUGCUAGAGCUUACAGCGUGGCGUUUUUCUGUUUCGUCGACCUACUAAGUCAAGCAGUUGCUGAAAAAUAGAACAUGGAUUUUUAUCGCCCUCCUCUAGCUACGUCCUCGCAUGUUGUGCUUGUUGUCCGGAUUUCGUCCUAGCCGCGCCCUUGACGCAGAAUUGGUAUCAUACAGACAUCAAAAAGAAAGGUGAACCUAAGAUGUUCGGGGAUUUCAAAACAUUGUCAUCUAAUUUUCCUGGUCUGAGGCCUGUCUUCACCAGCGACGUUAAAGUUCUGAUGUUUACGUUUUUACAGUGGUGACAGACUUUGGUUCGAGCUCUGUUAACUCUCCCUCCUAUGGGCUCCAAAUCCUACAAAAUCCCCAAUCAUUUAAGGCCGUACUCCCAAAGCGACGGGACGUACUAUUCCUCUUCAACAUUUGGCACUUUUUAGAUGUGCUUGUACCGUUCGUCCAUACGUUACGGAAUCAUUUUACGAGUCAGUGACGAGGUGCGUAUUCUGUCCCGCCUGUCCUGUGUUGCCGUCAGAGGGCCAUUACCUCACCGAUGCUCACGCCACUUGGCUUCUCGCUCAGAAGCAUCCAGGCGGUUUUGACACAUUUCCGUAAGGAAACAGCUUUUAGAAUUGAGUGGCGUCGAGCUGCGACGGUCUAAAAUUCGAGAUUUCCCAGGUCAAAAGUCAGGGAGACAGGGUUGGUUUGAUAAGCCUUGCGGUAGUAAGAGGACGUAGACGCAGCCCAGCUGACACUGACAGCCAGUGUUAUUGCCAGCCGUAUCAGCCAUUUAAGUCGGCAAUCCCGGCCUGCGUCUGAGAUUUAUGGGACUGCGGCCAAUCGAUGAAGACGAGACAUUCAUCCGCACUACGACGUCGACGAGCCGAAGGCCAAGUCACACACAAGCGCAAGGCAGCCUGCAUACUCGGCUGCGCAACGGUAAGAGCUGGGCGCCAGUCUCAAGUGCAUGUGGUCAGUGGGAGUUGCAAACGUGGCAGGGCUCCAAUGACCCUCAGGAUAACGUGAUUUUUGAUUUGUAACAACGGGAAAGUGCAUUGCUCCUUGUCUAGACGACGUGUACGACCGUCUUCUGCUAGAGUUUUUCAUUGGACAUAAGCGAUUGCAAAUAGGGAUGGCCGAGAGUAGGCAUGUGCUCCUUGUCAAGCGGGGUACACUUCCGUAGCGGACAUUUUAACGGCCUUGUAGUUCUGCUCCCCACUGGUGACCGAGCCGUCUCAACAGCUCCCUGUAUUGUCUUACACACGUUGAUCUCUUUUAGCAGUGGUGAGACCUUUAGAAAUGGCGUGAUGGCGCUAUCUUUCCAGGUGCACCGAAGGUGUCCGAUUGGGGGUGUACAAUGGCCCCUUUCCGCAUUCUAAAAGUGUAAUUUCUUUGACUAUGGCCCAGAAUACAAAGAUUUUUGCCCUUCGUUCGAUCUCAGGUGGAAUAAGCUUAUCAAAUGUGAGCCUAUAUGACACUGAGUACGUUACUCUGGACGAGGUCGAUACCUGUCUGCGAAAUCAGCCCUAAGCGCAACUCCAGAACCGGUACUGGAGACUUUAUCCCUUUGUUGCAAGCUAAUCUCUAGAUCAUUUUCUUUAUCCAAGUACAGUUUAUCAAGAGCAUAGCCUUGAUGCGUAAGAAAAAAAGAAACUGCCUUUCACAUGCCGUCUUCUUUUUAGUCGUUCAGUUGCUGACGGUCCAUUCAUUCAUAUGUAUUGGCGAUGUUUAGCAUGCUCUAUCACAGAAACUGAUUUGUCUGAAUGACUACUGGCCGCUUGUCCCUAUGCCACCGCCCGAAGCCGCGGCGUUAAACAGAGAUUCCACUUCUGUCCCGCAGUCAGAAAAGCUCCGUAGUAAGUCGUCUUGCCCCAGCAAAAGUCGACGUGAAUUUAACGGAAGCCUUGGAAAGAUAAAAUUGCACUAUAACCUGCUUAAUGCCGUCUAGCAGGCCGUCUAGUAGACCCUUCAUGGAAUCUAGACAACCAGUCGAAUAAGUUAUCCGCGUCCUGAUGUCCAUAAGUCCAACCAGAAAUACUAAGAUCAUGGUGGGUGGACAGUGCCGCUGUAACUCAGAAAUGUCCAACUUGAAAAACUGAAGGAUCCAGACCGUCCAGUCAAACCCGAGAAGCCCCGGCAGAAAACAGCUGUUCAUGAACGGAGUUGGCGCCCGGUCAGGGACUGUUUACUGACAUCAUAACAGACUCGCGCAUUUAACGUUCCAUUAAGUUCUGCCGAAUUUAUUUGAGUAGCAAUUUAUGUUCCGUGUCGUUUAUUGGGCAGUCGUUUGAACACCUGCCUGUCAGCGUACAAUUUUGUCCCGAGCGGGAUCCAUCAGUUCAUUUAUCACAAGACGCGCGACAUACAUAAAACCUGAGACUUGACUGUGCUAGUUGAUUUAUUUAAACUUCGGGUCGAACAGUCUUAGGAAACCUGAUGAAUCGAUCGCCGGGCCAUUGUUUUAUCUGCAGAACCUAUUUCAUAUUUCCACACUACAGUCUGAUGACUUUCAGGUGACAGUCCGGAAAUUGAUGAGUCUUACUACCUUUAUAGACUUCCGACUAGUGAUAUUCCAGCCGGAUCUUAUUUCUUAGCCGCACCUGCAGUCGACAAGCCCCAGCCGUCUUUCAUACAGGACCGGUGGUAAUAGGCGGCUUAACACUAACCCUUCAACUUACCCCCAACCCCUAACAGGUGCGGCUACGAAAUAAGAUCUCACAAAUAUUCCUUUUAAGUCAACGCUAAGUUAGACCAUAACUCUCCUGUAUUGUCAUUACAUUUAGAGGUCUCAGACACUUGCGUGACCGCCACUCCGCGACCGCGUUAAUGCCCCUGGUGCUUUCUACAAAAUUGCCAGGACGUUACCUCAUGGGUUACAACUUAACGGUGAACCCUGGCUGAUAGGCGGAUAAAUAAGAGCCUCGACAGUCAGCAUAAAUGUACUUGAGAAUUCUCGAAGCGCCGGAACGUCGCACAGUCUCUAAGUUUGAAUGAUAGCAUCAUCUGUCAUUUCCAACACUUGCGUUGUUGUUGUUUUGGCAUUUGUUGCAAGAGCCGGCUACCCUUUUUAUAGACGAAUACAGGUCUAAUUGAAAUUACGACCUCGCCACAUCCAUCAGAAGGCUUAGCGUCCAAUAUCGAGCUAUUUGCUUUAUGACUACUCGAGUUUCUGAAUCCUAGCUAUUUAUCCCCGAUAAGUUCAUAGUCUACCAGUCGGAGUUAAGGGACUUUAUCACCAUAAGCCCAUAAGAAUCAGUAGCUUACAGACUGGCUGUACGUAGCGUUACCCAGGGACUUCUUCAAGUGCCGUCCUCAUACGCCUUUGGGCUACCAGUUUUGUUCUGUCAUCGUCAUCCGUUGCUCGGGCUAAUCUCAUCAGCCGACCACAGACGUCUAAUCGAGACCGUCGUGGUAUGCGGCCACACGCCUGCCCCCCGCCUUCAUACUCCCACACCUUCCUGCGCGGACAUCGUGUUCAUCUGUCCUUACAUCUUUUUGUCCCGUGUGUGCACGAUACCAUUCUUCUUUGGACGUCAAUUUCCUACCAAAAGGUCCGUGGUGGCCGCGGUUUUGGUCUGCCCAUGUCUUUAGUUGCGGCAUGGUUACUCGUCCUUCGAUUAUUUCCAUCUCAUCAUCCCGCAGUCACAUUUUGCACCUAAAACACGAACAAAGGGACCAAAUCAUGGUGUGAACUGGAGCAGCUGAGCUCCAAAGCGAAGCAAGUCUCGGUUACAGUUAGUGUGAGCCGACUGGAUUUAUCGGACACCUUAUGGUUUGGUCGUUGUCUCGAGAGGUUGGUUGCGUCAUGGAAGUUUGGGGGGAGGGAUAAUGGACAUAAUCCGUAGUAUUUAGAAGUGGAUUGCCAACUAAAACAAGGGACGCUGACUUAUUAGCCGUUAUCAGCAGCCAUACCCAAGCCCGGGGUGUGUAACCCCUCGAGGCUCGAAUCCGACAAGUUAACGAGCCCGUGGCUCAGUGGUUAGGGGGCGUUGGACUUCUAACCAAUAGGUCGCAGGUUCGAUCUCCGGGGGCUGCGCACCUCGGUGCCGGGUAUGGCUGGCUAACGACUUCCAAUAAGCCAAAAAUGGUCAUUCCAGUCUCCCGUGUCUUGGUUGAAAAUAUAUACUAUUCACUAUGAGACGGUUGGCGGGGCUCUAUAUCAAGCCCCGAAAACACAACGGGGCGAUCGAGUCCCGCAAAUGAUCGGUGAACGUCCAACUACUAAUAAUCCGUAUUGUAAACAUCCAUAAAGGGCGGAUGCUGGACCGUAUGUCUAAAAUUUCGGCCGCACGUGGACUGGUUAGCAGAUUUGAGCAAAGUUGACUUCUGCACAAUUGCUCCGAUUGCUUCUGUUACUGAAUUUCAUCUGACACCUUGAAUCGUUUUACUCAGUCGAGAUGUUUGCAACAUACUGCUAACAACAAUGGAGACCCCCCUGUAGUCAUUAAGAUGUGUCACGUGAGAAUUGCGUUUACGUCUGUAUUCUGCCUCCAGGAUUUGAAUGAACAUCUGCAGUGUUUUGUGUUGGGACUGAGGGCUUAUCACGCUGGCAGUCGCAUAGUGACCCGGGGUUGCCGGGCAAAGUAAAUGCCCAUUUACGUCUGCCAGUCAGGAGAGAUCGGUUAACGCUGCGUGCAUGUGGUAAAAUCUUCCCGAUGUGGACGGGCGGAAAUCAAGCCUGGUAGCCUAGGUGUCAAAAUCGGUUGACUUGACAUUACGAAUGGAAUAUAAUUUUAUGCCUACAUUGUUUCUACUUAUAUCCGUUUGGUAGUGUGAAUUGCUGCACUCUAACUUUUUAUGCGAUUGCCAUCUAGGUGCGUCUGACUUGAUAGGGGAAUCCUUAUGCUUCACUCCAGCCGACAUCAGUGCUUAAUGAGCUGCUGGAUCAACCUUCAUGCCUCGAUCAUACCGGUGCAGAAAUGUGCAAUGAUUUACCGUACUACCAACGCAGGUAUUAGCUAAAAGCCCAGACACGCGUGUUUCGCCGAUCUUAUGCCGCUGCCACCACCGGUGCAGUUUGGUGACUACACAUAAGUCAGAAAAGACCAUUCCAGUAUACCUUGCCUUUGUCGGUAUUACUUCUCGAAUCUACCAGGUAGUCAUCAUCCCACGUUGUCGGCUCCAGUCUGGAGCUGCGAGACACACGGGAGGAGUCGACGCCCAUCGAUCCACGCAGACGAAGGACGGGGUGUGGGGAGUUCAGUUUCUGCGUUCUUGCAACAGGCAAGGGCAUGUGUGGCAGUCUACUCGGAGUGGCCACAGCGACUGAAUUCCCUCGCAAGUUGGCUGUUUGUGCCGCGUGCUACUCUGCCUUUCCGUCCACCGGAAACGUGACACCCAUAGAUUUUUUGUCUUCAGCGGGUGGCCGCGGCCGAACAGAGCUCGGGCCCAUGCACCUUGAGCCAGGGCACUGCCGCCAUCGCCACCGCCGCUUGCUGCAUCAAAGUUGUCCAAGUAAUCCUUUCUUUCCUGGCACUUCAUCUGGGAUACCUCUCGUUGUCGAUCCUGCGUACUUCAGCAAGCACUCUCAGGCCGUCGGAUAUCGGUGGGCAGUCGACGAUCAACAGGUCUUCGGAACGUGCAAAAAAUCGGUCGGAGAAAAAUGGCCAGGACAGGAAUUGUAUUGCUUGGUCUAUAUGAUCCCUUAGUGUUAACCCCCGUACACCACUUUUGAAUUAAAGCAAUAAUUGAUAAGUGAAGAAGAAGAAUCGAGCAGCGGAACACUUUGUUGAUUGUCCCGAGUUUCCAGACUCGUACAGGAGUCCAUCGUCAGAGGUAGUAACAACAACAGAGCAAGCGACAGUUAUAGGGCAUGUAAGCCAAUCAUCGACCGACGGCGCAAGACUGGAGGUGACUACGCAGGGAUCCGUACCUCGGCGCCAGAUCGAUAAAUCGAUUGACCGAGUUCUCAUCCGAGGCCCAGGCUUCGGUCCCGGUGCUCGACUCUGCUUCUUCACUUAUGCAUACACCUGGAACUCGAAAUUUCGUCUUCAUUCGUCAGCAAGAAUUGAGUUUUGGAACCAUAAGUAGCCAUUCACCGCCCGGCAAAUCUUGCAACCCGCGAUGCAACCUUUCAAAUGGAAUUUAUCUUUUCUUGAACCAUUUCGCAUUCCCCAAAAGCAGAUGAUAUUCAGCAAUAAGGUCCGAUUUAAUGAAUAAAACGUCCCGAUAGGAGUUCGAUGAGCAUGCGUUUGCGCCUUCAAUGAAAUAACAGAGAGAGGCUGUCCUUAACUCAACCUGCAUCCUUGGGCUGUGCGGUGUCUGUCUAGACGCUCACAUCCGAAAUGUUUAUCGUCGUGGUUCAAUCGGGGAGGUGCUCGUAGUUGGUGCGAUAAUGACUUGACAACAUCUCAGCACCAGCACUACCACCGGAAGCACUGUGAAUUUGCGUACCCUUUCUUAACCGUGUACAUACCAGUGAGUUAAAUAAAUGAGUGAUUAUCACGUCAAUCAUGAAGACCACUGACCGAACCACGAUGACAGACGACUCGGAUGUGGGCGGCAAACCAACUACCGCACCACUUAAAAACAUUUCCGAUAAGUGUAGGAGGUACUGGUCGUAGGCGUGUGGCCACGUAGCCGAUGCAUUAAACAAGUACGAAUCUGCUACUUCUAUCUGUUGUCGUCUCUAAAGAUGAUGAGAGAGGGAGAGAGAGAGGAAUUCGUUUUAUUUUGAAAUGACAAUUUCAAAAUUUUCAACAAAAAAUUGGCCCCACUCACUAUGGCAGUAAAUAAGUUAAUAGAUUAUUCCAGAGUCAAAAAGUUUAACACAAAAGGAACGAUUAUUAUGAGGACGGUUCAAAUCUUAGCUUCUGUAAUUUUAUCUCAUCACACGUAAGAUAGCUUGCCAGGAAUGGCAAUACAGAAGCUCGAAAAGCCGAUGUGCGACAAGAUAUAAUUCGGAAGCCGGGGCGCAUCGGGUGGGAUGGCUUUGCAGAAAUAAGAUCAGAAUGCAAGGGAUGUGCAACAUCAUCUAUAAUCAGACCAGCAAAUUGCUUGAUCGUAUUGCGACGUCGUUGUAGGAUAGUGUCGACUAAAAAAAAGAAGAAACACCAGCGGCAGAUGUGGGCAUUCGGAGGACUCGUUUUAAAAUUGAAAGAUCUUUUUUGAGCAAAGCAGGAAAAAUGAGAGGAGAGCAGUAUAGGAUAAGAGGAAGAAUGCAGGCGUCGAUGAAUCGCCAAACUAAGGGUUGAUGAUGAUGAUGCUGAUGACGACGACGACGAUGAUGAUGAUGAUGAGGAUGAUGAUGAUGAUGAUGAUGAGGAGGAGGAGGAGGAGGAGGAGGAGGAGGAGAAGGGAUCCGAAACGUCAGGCGAAUGA